AUGACAGGAGUGUAUUUUAACAACAACACCUUUUUAUUCUUUAACGAAAGUGCUUUUAUAGAAUCCAAUAAACAGUAUAAUUUAUUCCUAAACACCAGUGCUUGUUUUUAUAACAAAAUAAAUUGUGAACUUAUCCAAAAUCUAUCAACACUGCCUGAUAUCAGUUUUCGUGAAUCUGUCGAAAAAAGGAUCCAGGAUAAUCCAUUUAUUAUCCUGGAAAUAAUCGGUUUGUGUUGCCUGGUUUUGGCAACAGUCUUCGGGAACGCCCUGGUGGUCCUGUCGGUUUUUCAGGGUAGUUGUCGGAGUUUCUGCAAAUUGUGUCCUCAAGAGAGCACCUACAAGCCUCCUCCUUCGCAUUAUUUGAUUGCCAGUAUUGCUUUAGCUGAUUUAGUUCUGGGGCUUUUUGUUUUGCCCUUGUCUUGUGCUAGAGAAAUUGCUAAAGAUUGGUACAUGGGGGAAGUCUUGUGCAGUUUCUGGACAACUCUGGAUGUUCUCAGUUGUACUGCCAGUAUUAUUUCUUUGUGUGCAGUUGCUGUCGACAGGUACAUUGGUGUUUCAAGACCCCUAAGUUAUGUUAGACUUGUAACAAAGAAAAAAACAAGGCUAUUGAUUCUUGGAAUUUGGCUUGUAUCAUUUCUAAUUGCUGUAGGACCACCCUUGGGUUGGAAGGACCACAAAAGUGAUGGUCAUUACUAUCCUCGAUCCUUUCAUCGUCAUCACACAGGAGCAGAUUGUCAUGUUAAUAAAGAAUUGGGAUAUGUGAUCUUCAGUGCCACAGGAUCAUUCUAUAUACCAGCUUGCAUUGUUAUUGUUUUGUACUUGCUGAUUUAUCGAGUGGCUAGGAAUCAUGCUGAGGCCAUUAGAAAAGGACAGUUUGUGGCAAACAGUGAUGUUACAUUAAGGAUUCAUUCAGGAAGAAAUUCCAGUGAUACACCGUCAAUGAUGUCCAUGUCGAGUAGUCUAAACGCUUCCUCAACUCAAGAGAACAACGCAGGAAGUGCCCUCAAACACACCAACAGUUUUGCCAUACGUAUCAAUAAAUCCUUAACCGAAACCCCUACAACUACCCAAAACCAACCACAAUCAUCCAUUGUAUACCACAAUGUACCAACCACUAUUAGACGACUUUCAUCAUCUACUUCUAUAACGGUGUCACCAAUCAAGGUUCAUCAUGAUACACCUGUGAAUGAAAAAGAUGAUCAGAAAAUGGCAUCUCUGAUGCCUGAUGCAGAUUCUUUGACACCAGUUAGAAAAAGAGGCACUUCGACUGUGGAUAAUCAGAAUUUGUCUUCUGUAGAUUUUAAUAAUGAGGUUGCUGGUUAUCUGACACCAGUUAGACGAAGAGGAACAUCAACCAGUGGACAAGGAACUCCUAUAAAUAAGGAUGUGGCUCGUACCAAAACGCAAACUGCAUGUGUUUUGUCACCACAUGGAAAUCAUCUAAUGCCUUUGGCUUUUAAUGGAGCGAAAAAGUUACCAUCAUCAAUGAUUAUGAAUCAAUUAGAGCAACCCAUUCGCAGAACUUUGUCCUGGACUUCAAUUGGCAGCAACAAAAGUAGCAAAAGUGUCCAGAAAGUUAAUAGAAGCUUCAGGGAUAAAUAUUUUGGCGGCAACAGCUUCGGGAAAGAAGCUAAAUAUAGGAGGCAAGUGAAAGCUGCAAAAACUCUAGGAAUCGUUGUCGGCGCCUUCUUGUUUUGCUGGAGUCCAUUUUUUGUUUUGCUACCAAUUGAUGACAAAGGAGGUAACCAAAUAGCAUAUCUUACAAAAUCUGAGGACAAUAAUAAGGAUCGUUUAGCAAGUCGGUUGAGAAGCGGAUCGAGAAUGAUUGUUUGAAUAUAAGUCGUACAAAAUUGGAAUGAAACGAUGAACAAUAUACAGAUCUUUAGACAGGCUCAAAUAAUGUAUGUUUAGGAGCAAAUUGAAGAUAAUGGAGAUUUAUCUUCUUAAUAUAAAACCUCUAAAAUUGGGAACAGUAUGCCAUAUAUGCAUGAACUUGAUUGAUGUAUUGAAGAUAGAAUGAAUUCAAUCAGGUUAAAAAAAAUGUAUGUGCAAAAGCGACUCGAAGACGAUUUAGAUUUGUCUCCUGAAUAUAAAACUUCCAAGAAGUACAUCAUAUAUGAAUAUCCUGUAUCCUCGCAUUUGAUGUAUUGAACUGGCGAUAGAAUGAAAUCAGUCAGUGUUAAAAAUGUAUAUGUAAAAGCGACUUUAAGAUGAUGGAGAUUUGUACACUGAACAUAAAACUUCCAAAAUUUGGGGCAGUAUGUCAUAUGUGCAUAA